ACUGAGAUGUGUGUGUGUUCAUGCAAGAAGGUAUUUGUGUGUCAGGAAAUCUGAUACAGGAGAGCAGAGGGGGUCAGUUUUAUGGCUGGGUGUAUGUGUUCUUGCGAUGGAAUGUCUUUGUUUCCUGGGGUGGUAAGACAACAGAGCUGAGGGGAUAGUGUUAGGGGGUUAGUUUUAUUGCAGGGAGAGUGACCUGGUUCCUAUUUUAGCAGGGGUACGUGAAAUGACUUGAGUCAGGUGGUUUGGCUUGGCGCUGUAUAAUAUAUGAACUAUGUGUAUGAAUAUUUAUAUAACAAAAUUCAGAGCGUUUCACUCUGAGCGUUCAGAGCGUACACUGGACGCUGUGGCGGAGGAGUAGGGGUUGAUCCAAGCGUUCUGACCUGACAACGGCAGUCAAACACCCAAGCUAACUGGUAAAGCUGGCUAGCUACUUCUAAACACAAAUGAGAGAACACCUCACUCUGACCACUUUACUCACCAUAGAAGAACUGGUUAGGCUGAUUUCAUGCUUUCUAGAGCAUUGAUGACUGUCACUGUCCUGCUGGCAAUCAUGUAAUUAUGUUUUUUUUUUGCCGACGUUUAAUGACACCGAUCAUAUUCAACUGGCGUUGUCCGUUCAUAAAUUCAUCAGUUAUUCUGCGCUCUGGCACACUCAGACGAGAGUGCUCUGAAAUCGGAGUAGAUAGCCAGAGUGAAUUUUACGAACGCAUCUCUAAUAGUGUUGGAGAGCUUAUUGACAAGGUUCUGUGUGGACAGAAGGGAGUUUGUUUUUUCUUCCCUCUGUGGGAAAGCUGUUGAUAUGAAAUGACAUGGGACACCCAGUUGUUGGAUAUAGCUUAGAUGAAGAUCAGAAGUUGACCUACAGUGAAGAAGUGGUCCCAGCUAUACCUACUGCCAAGGUUUACAAGGUGUGCAGCACUGAUCAUGUCGUUAAUGGACAAGGACUGCCGAUACCACCUGGACACUUUUUUUAUACAAUCCUGUAUUGUUCAAAGAUCAGCAUACCUCCACCUGGGCGAUGGAACUGGAAUGAUGAAACCCAAGCCCUCGAGUUCACCAGUUUUAGUACAUCUGUGGAGGUAAAAGAAAAGAGAAAAAAGACUAAACCUGUCCAUUUUCAAGAUCUUGCCAGCAAGCGUCCAGAGAGGCAAACGCAGUCAUCGGCCAAGAGGGGGGGACAAAUCAGCAGGAAGAUUGUGGGUCCUGCUCAACUCAAUGCCUACAAGUCCUCAGUAAAACGGGGUCAGAGGGACUAUGUGACCAUCGAGGAUGUGAAACAGGUGGCACUCAGUUUGCUGCAGGAGAAUGAUGGACUCCCCAUUCCACUUUGCUUCCUGUCUGUGUUGAAGAGCAGAGAGCUGGAUGAGUUCCUGGCUGCCCUCCUGCUCUACCUGUCCUGUUACUUUGAGAGGAAGUCUCUGGAGAAGAAGCCCAAGCCUCUCAUGGCUGAGCAGAGUAUCACAGAGAAGCAGGUGAUGGCGGAGACCCUUGCUAAGGUGGAGCUGGCCCAGAAGCAGCUGGCCUUCUGCUACUCCAGCCUGGUCCUGGGCCUGGGCCUAUCCCAGCAGCACCACAUGGCCUGUGGCAGGAGCCGUGUGUCAUUGACCUACAAAGACAGGCAGUUGUAUGAGUGUCUGUACAGCUUCUUCUGCUACGUGGCGUGGGUGACGUUCAGUAGGAAGGACCUGAGGGGCAUCCAGGAGGAGGUGGGGCGCCUGCUGCGUUCUGACACCUUCAACCCCGCCCUCAGGACCAGGAUAGAUGCCACAGAGGACAGCCUGGCCCAGGACUCCUCCACCAAAGAGGGACAGACUGAGCCCAAAGUGCACACACAGAGCCACAAUGCCCCAGAGCAAAGGAAGUCCCAGCGUCGUCCGGCCUUGAGUAAGAUGGUGACCCAGCGCUCCCCGGUCAUGGUGUCCCUGCUGCCAUAUCCGCGGGAGGAGGCUCCUCAUCUGUUCUGCCGCUACAGACCCAGGAAGCAGAGCCAGGCCAAGCUGUGUAACCCAGAGACCCUGAUGGAGGAGCUCAAAGAGCAGCUGGCCUCUGUCAGCUUUGGGAUUCUGGGGAAGCCUCUGAGCCAGUUCAGCUGCACCACCCUUAUGCCCCAGGGAGCCAACAACGAAGACGAGGAGGAGGAGGAAGAUGACGAGGAGGAUGACGAUGAUGAAGACUCCGGCGUCCAUGUUCGAAGCAGUAAGAACACCUUUGUGGCUCAGAGACCUGUCGCAUCAGCAGUGGACCAACGCGGCAGCCUCAGCCGCGCCAAUACAGUCAUCUCACGGGCCACCACAGAGGGAGUGUCCUCAGACACAGAGUGAGAGUAUGUGCGCGUCCCCCCAAAAUUUGACCAAUAAAAAAAAGAACAAAAACAUAUAAAAUGAUGUAUUUUUAGUCACCGUGUUUCAUAAUUGGCCUUCAAUUCGCAUGUGGCUGAAUGUAUCUCACCAGAGAAAGCAUCCGAUCGAGCGAAACGGCACCCCUCUGUCUCAGUAUAUGUAGCCCAUCUAUCUGAUGCUGUCUGACCAAAAAGAGUAUGCCAUUGUUGCUGCCCGUAGCAUUGAAUUUAAUAGCAAGGGAAGCUAGCAAUAAUUUUUCCUCCCUUGAUAAUGUUUAAAUAAAAAAAUAACCAAUCAGCAUUGAGCUAAACUGUGUGAGCUCAAUUGUGAAUGGUCCUGGUGCACCAAAAAAAGUGUCAAUGGAAGCUAGUUUGGAUGUGACUUCACACCAAUCACAUUGCAUCAAAACCAUUGACGAAAAAAGGUGCAUUUUUGCAUCUCGUUGUGUCGUUGUCCUCCGGUGGCUAAAAUCGACCCGUUUAUAAAUGAGCUUGGAUGAAGAAAAGGAAAAAUUAGAUGGAGAUAAGGAUUUGGACUUGUGGACUUACUGUACCGGCCAGCGAUUAUAACGGUGAUUCAGAGCCAACCAUAAAUUCAUACAUUGUGCUCCUGGCCUGAGAGGGUGGAAGUUCAAUAUGUAGCUAGAUGUUGUAGGCUAACGUUAACUAGCUGGCUCAUCAUUGCCCUUUAAAUUAAGUUAGGCUAGCUGGCAAGCCUUUUAGCCAUGUAGCCUAAUCGAGGACAACAAAAACUAAAAGUGUGUAGGCUACUGUAUGACAGAGAGGAGGAUUGCAUUGGCGUUCCUCUACAAGUAAGCUCAUCACCGAGCUCGGGACCCUGGGACUGAACACCUCCCUCUGCAAUUGGAUCCUGGCCGGCCCCAGCUGGUGAGGGUAAGCAACAACACCUCUGUCACACUGACCCCUCUACAUGGGGUCCCCUCGGGAUGUGUGCUUAGUCACCUCCCUGUUCAACCACGACUGAGUGGCCACGCACGAUUCCAACACCAUCAUCAGGUUUGCUGACAACAUGACGGUGGUAGGCCUGACUACCGAUGGCGAUUAGACAGCCUACAGAGAGGAGGUCAGAAAUGUCCACAUCAGUAAGGACUUAACAUAUUCCACAGACAGACACACGUUCGUGAACAGGGCAUGACAGUGCCGCUUCACCUCAGGAGGCUGCAAAGAGAUCUUGACUGGCUGCAUCACCACUUGGUAUGGCGAUGCAUCAUUCUCGACCGCAAAGCACUACAGCGGGUGGUUCGGACAGCCCAGUAAAUCACCAAGGCCCAGCUCCCUGCCAUCCAGGACAUCUAUAUCAGGCAGCAAGGAAGGCCUGAAAAAUUGCCAAAGACUUCAGCCACCCAAGCCACAGACUGUUCACUCUGCUACGGUCCGGGCAAACGGUACCGGAGCAUUGGCUCUCGGACCAACAGACUCCGAGAUAGCUUCUACCCCCAAGCCAUAAGACUGCUAAAUAGCCAUAAAACUGCUAAGUAGUUCAUUAAUUAGUCAAACAGACUAUCUGCAUUGAUCCUGUCUUGCACUGGCUCUAUGCACACUAACAAUACUUUAUACAGUGCUUUCUGAAAGAAUUCACACCGUUUUUCCACGUUUUGUUGUGUUACAAAGUGCGAUUAAAAUGUAAUUAAAUGUCAUUUUUUAUGUUAAAGAUCUACACAAAGUACUUGAAUGUCAAAGUGAAAGAUCAAGAUGAGAAAUAAAACACUUAUCUUGAUUCGAUAAGUGUUUAACCCGUUGACUGAAUACAUGUUAGAAUCACCUUUGGCAGUGAUUCCAACUGUGAGUGUUUCUGGGUAAGUCUCUAAGAGCUUUGCACACCUGGAUUGUACAAUAUUGGUCUAUUCUUCUUUUGACAAUUCCUCAAGCUCUGAUAAAUUGGUUGUUGAUCAUUACUAGACAACCACUGGGUGUAUUGAUACACCAUCCAAAGUGUAAUUAAUAACUUCACCAUGCUCAAAGGGAUAUUCAAUGUCUGCUUUUUGAUUUGUACCCAUCCACCAAUAGGUGCCCUACUCUGCCAGGCAUUGGAAAACCUUUGUGUCUUUGUGGUUGAAUCUGUGUUUGAAAUUCACUGCUCGACUGAGGGACCUUACAGAUAAUUGUAUGUGUGGGGAACAGAGAUGAGGUAGUCAUUCAAAAAAUAAUGUUAAACAUUAUUGCACACAUACAUAGUGAGUCCAUUAUACAUUACAUUUACAUUUUACAUUUAAGUCAUUUAGCAGACGCUCUUAUCCAGAGCGACUUACAAAUUGGUGCUUUCACCUUAUGACAUCCAGUGGAACAGCCACUUUACAAUAGUGCAUCU